AUGAAUGAUCCGUCUGUGGAAUUGGACUGUCCUCUUGACCAUGACUACUGCAACAGUACUGAACCUGCUGCGCUGGAUAUGUCUCUUGACCACAAUGAAGAACUUAGUGUAGAGAUAGCAAGGCUCCGAAAUCAAAUUGAGGAGAUAACUAUCAGCAGGAAGUUCUGCUUGGAGUGGUUUGCUGGAUCUGAUGAUGACAUAAGGUUUUUCACAAGGUAAAUUAAAAUGUCCAAUGUGUUUAAUAUAUAGGCCUAUGUAUUUGAGCUGUCAACAAUGACUAGUAUUAUUAUCUGUUUAAAUGUUGCAUGUGUGUUGUUGUAAGCUACUGGAAACCUUGAAUUUCCCUCGGGAUGAGUAAAGUAUCUAUCUACUAGCGCAUUAAUUGUAUUUUAAAAUACUGAGAAGAGCAGUAAGCAAAAGGACUGACGUGUGCGUGGUCCAGUUUCUGACCUUAGUGCCAAAUGUUCUAAGAUGUUAUAUAACUGUCAAUAAGGAUGCUAACAUGCUUGCAAUUUAAUGUUGUGUAUGGACACUUAACAUAUAGAAAUGUAACACGUAUGUCCCACAGGUUUGCGAGUCAUGCCCACCUGAUGGCCUUUUGGAAGCAGACAGAGCCCAGCCACCUGCAAGAUCAUACGGGUGACAAGAGACACGAAGUGUAGCAAAGACUGAUGAGGCCCCUCACACUGGCAAUGCAACGGUGAAUAUAUUUUACAGUUGUUCUUACAAAGCAAGAUAUAUUGCAUCAUCUUGAAAGUUAAGCCAGUAACAAUCUAUUUGUGUAAUGAGGUAAUAAUGGGAUUCUUACUCUUUUCAAGGUUCUUCAACCCAUUGACACAUUUUUUUCUCUUCAUGAAUUACUUGUCAUUGGGUCUGAUGCAGAAGGAUCUGGACCACAGAUUCAAAAUCCACCAGUCAACUGUAAGCCGCAUCAUAAAUACAUGGGCUAACUUCCUGUCUACUGUACUAGGGGCUGUGGGUAUUUGGGCUAACUUCCUGUAUACUGUACUAGGGGCUGUGGGUAUUUGGGCUAACUUCCUGUCUACUGUACUAGGGGCUGUGGGUAUUUGGGCUAACUUCCUGUCUACUGUACUAGGGGCUGUGGGUAUUUGGGCUAACUUCCUGUAUACUGUACUAGGGGCUGUGGGUAUUUGGGCUAACUUCCUGUCUACUGUACUAGGGGCUGUGGGUAUUUGGGCUAACUUCCUGUCUACUGUACUAGGGGCUGUGGGUAUUUGGGCUAACUUCCUGUCUACUGUACUAGGGGCUGUGGGUAUUUGGGCUAACUUCCUGUCUACUGUACUAGGGGCUGUGGGUAUUUGGGCUAACUUCCUGUCUACUGUUCUAGGGGCUGUGGGUAUUUGGGCUAACUUCCUGUCUACUGUACUAGGGGCUGUGGGUAUUUGGGCUAACUUCCUGUCUACUGUACUAGGGGCUGUGGGUAUUUGGGCUAACUUCCUGUCUACUGUACUAGGGGCUGUGGGUAUUUGGGCUAACUUCCUGUCUACUGUACUAGGGGCUGUGGGUAUUUGGCUGGGUGAGGAGACUGUCAAAUCUCACAUGCCAGAGGUUUUUCAGGGUUACUCUACCCCGAAAUACGCUGCCAAACACCUAGUUCUCUUCUCCUCCACUUCUCCAGAGUGA